AUCAUAGUUCAGUAAGGUUUACCUAAACGAUGAUCGACAUGACUUGUUGAGAACGCUGUGUUGAUUUCCUUACGCAUCAUAAAAUUUAUAAUUCUAGGCACAGCCACAGGCACACGAAGUUGACAAACGCCGCUGUAGCCAGGCGUAGCCUGUACACUGUACACAAACACAGCCAGUGUCACUGUGUAGUGUACAAGAACUGUAGCGUACACAAGAAUAGUAGUAGUACUGGUUGCUAGGAAAAGUGAAGUACACAAGAUGACACAACUUCCACUUUCAAUUUAAUAAAAGAAUUGCUCCUUGUGAAAAGUGGGACAACACCAUACAAGUUACGAGUGACCAGACUAUGGCAGAGAAGCGACCAAAUUCUUCUCCCUUGGCUGGAAUGCCCGUGAAGAAAGUGGCAUUAGAUCUAAAUGAAAGCCGAAGCUUUACUAUUUCGGAAGUUGGUGAUUUCCUGUCUGAUAACGGCCUAGGUCAUUUGUCUGCAGCGUUUAUCCAAAAUCACAUUGAUGGAUCUAUUCUCUCUCGUUUAACAAACGAAGAUCUAAAAGAUAUGGGAAUCACAGCUGUUGGAGAUCGGCUGAAGGCCAUGCAACUCUUACAGCCGGGACAGGACAACGGAGUUUACACAGCCCGGACAGAUGGGAAGCCUUCCUCGUUAAUAGACAACCUGAAGGUGUUCAACGAUCCGAUACAUGGCCACAUAGAGCUGCAUCCGGUCUGUGUGAAGAUCAUCGAUACUCCACAGUUCCAGCGGCUCAGGCAUCUCAAGCAGCUCGGCGGCACCUACUAUGUCUUUCCUGGAGCUUCGCAUAACCGAUUCGAGCAUUCCCUCGGCGUGUGCUACUUGGCCGGAGAGCUAGCUAGAAAGUUGAGGUGCCGACAACCGGGCCUGCAGAUAUCUGAGCUGGACAUCCUGUGCGUGCAGAUUGCCGGUCUCUGCCACGACCUAGGUCACGGUCCUUUCUCCCACUUGUUUGAUGCCAAGUUCAUACGCAAGCUCCUUCCCGAUCGGAAGUGGACCCAUGAGCAGGGCUCAGUCGCUAUGUUCAAGCAUCUAGUUGAGGUUAAUGGCUUGAAGGAGGAGUUCAACCAAUACGGUCUCGACGACAGAGACAUAACGUUCAUCACAGAACAGAUAGCUGGACCCGUGGCGAAAACUGGCAAGUGGUCAUAUGAAGGCAGAGAUGAAAACAAGAGCUUUUUGUAUGAGAUUGUAGCAAACAAGCGCAAUAGCAUUGAUGUUGACAAGUGGGACUACUUUGCACGUGACUGCUACCACCUUGGCAUCGGCAACAACUUUGACCACUCGAGGGUGAUGAAGUUUGCACGUGUUCUUGAAUGCGAUGGAGAGAAACAGAUCUGCAUGAGAGACAAGGAGGUGACUAAUAUCUAUGACAUGUUCCACACGAGGAACGCGCUUCAUCGCCGUGCCUACCAGCACUCUGUUUGCCAGUGUGUCGAAGCCAUGGUCACAGAGGCAUUUUUCAAGGCCAACGAUCAUCUCAGGUUCAGGGGUCGGGGCGGCCGUCUGGUGCGCAUGUCCGAGGCGAUCGACGACAUGGAGGCGUUCACGAAGCUGACCGACCACGUCUACCAGCAGAUCCUGUACUCGGACGAGGCCGAGCUGCGGCCGGCGCGCGACAUACUGGAGCGCAUCGUUCGCAGGCAGCUGUACAAGUGCGUCGGGCAGACGCAGCCGCUGCCGCGGGAGGCGCUGAAUGACGUCGCUGUGAGAGAUGAGAUCGUUACGGCACUUACUAAAGAAGAACUAGUGAAAGAGAUGAGACAGGAUGGCUUUACAGACGUGGAUGUUGAUUGUGAACUCCCCUUAGCAGAGAGCCUUGUAGUUCAGAUAACUGUUUUCAGUUACGGAAUGCAGGAUAAGAAUCCGAUAGACCAUGUCCGCUUCUAUUCAAAAAAGGACCCUGCGGUGGCCGUGCAAGUGCGCAAAGAACAGGUAUCACACAUGCUGCCGGAAACAUUCGCAGAGCAGUGGGUGCGGGUGUGGUGUAAGACAACCGAUGUGCGAAGCUUAGCAAUCGCCGAGAAAUGCUUCCAGGCCUGGUGCAGGAAGAAACAACUCGACUACAAGCCGGGUGAUCUCACGGAUGUCGAGUUGACACCGUACAAGACUGCCAACCAGUACACAGGAGUUACACCUCGAAAGACCAGACUGGCCUUCUAGAGAGCAACAAAGUUAGUAAAGGUGAUUUGUACUUCAUCUUCAAAUGGUUGGAUCUAUCACUCACAAGAGUUACCGAGCAUGGAAUUGUUUGUAACAGAUGAAAAUGUACCCUGUAUCAAGAAGAAACAUUGUAACAGUGCAAUCGAUUCAAAAAAAUGCAUACAUAUUACAGGAGUCUAUCAAUAUUGAUAGACUCCUGAUAUUAUAGCAUUUACUGCCAAGUACAGAAGUAUACUAUUCUAAGUUAGCAAGUUACAUUAUAUAGUGAAAUAUGAGUGUAAUGAUAAGUUGUGAUUUAUUAGUGCCAACAAAUUUUCAUUGUUAUUGUCUUGCAUACACCUUGAUAAAUAUGCCUAGCACAGAGUAGCUUUUACAUACCAUUUUUUUUACAUAUGAAUGUGGAUUUGUGGUAUGUUAGUAUUGACCACGAGGAAAUAUGCAACUCUGAUAAUGUUAUCGCUGUAAAUUCACUUUUUGAUGCAGAUGCUGAAAUUAUUUUUGUGAAAUUAUUAAAAAAAUUGUACCUAUCUGUAGGUAUAUCAAGCAUUUACAACCAUUUAGGUGGAAAGGAAAGUUUUGCACGUUACAUUUGUCUUGUUUAAAUCCAUGUGGUCAAUGGAUUUUUUAUGCAUUUGUUCUUUAUAUAAUUAAUACACUGUAUUGGAAUCAUUGUUUUAUUAUGGAUUUAUGGUGAUGAAAGGACUUAUUUUAAAUUUUCUACUAAUAUAUGUUCCCUACUAUUAUUAUGAAUGAAUAUGUAUUGGAUACAGUAAAUAUGUACUGUUCUACAAAGAGAAGCGUCGUGUAUAAUCUCAAUAUAUUAUAUAUAAUAAUACUGAAACAGUUGUAUAAAAAAAACAA